GUAGACUUGGGUCGAAGUUGAAAGUUGAAAGUUGAUGUGGAACAGCUUGCGGCUUGCAGUUUGCAGUGUUUCCAGGAAAUCGGACAUGCGGAGGUCAAGGUAAGAUUUAGCUGAAGAUCAGUAUGGAGUCGGCUUCCUCAAGUGAAGGGGCUCAAUCAAGUCUAGUUAUGGAUGAAGCAUCAAACAUUGAUCAACUCUCUUACAAGGUCAGAGCUGUUUUUUGGCCUUACAUCAAGAAGACUGUCAAGUUUAGCCACCUUAUGACGUAUAUGCCUUUCAUGAGAAAUGUGCAAAUGAAAAUAUUUCGGGCGGAAAAGUUAGGAGACAAUGAAGGGGCAGCUGAUAUUUUUUUGCAAACUCUGCAGCAAUCGGAGGAAGAAGGCAAAUAUCAAACUUUCGUUAAUGCUCUGAGAGCUCAUGGCUACACCUUCCUGGUGGAUGUUUUGACUGACAAGAGGGAGAUCUUGUCUAAACAAGAGGAGCACAAGGAGGUGAUUCACAUUUUCUCUCGGCAAGUUGGUGACACAAUUGACCCAACACUGAUAGCCCAGGAAUUGUUGGCUAAAAGUAUUAUCUUUUCUGAUGAUGCUGACAGGAUAAAGAAAGCUCAGUCGAAUGACUGCACACGUGAUGCAGUGCUUUUACUUCUAGAUGCCCUCCCACGGCGAGAAGAAAACUGAGGACGUACGAACCCUUGCCUGGCUCCACUCCAAGAUGGCUCCCCAUUCCCAGUUGUUGCACAUAGACCUGGGGGUGUCUCCCUCAUUUGGAGGAUGCAAGAACGAUGGCGAUCGACCUGAAGGAUCCAGGACAGGCUCGACCAGGGCAGCCCAGUUCGAUCAGGGUGGCCGCGUUUGACCAACGACAGGAUUAACCAGUUCAAAGUCAGACAGGUCGUGGCGUCACGACCCACCACUGCAAACCGCAUCAGGGGCCGAAAAAGUUCUACAGGUGGCAACCAAUGUCCUUGUAAGCGAGGAGACAGUGAGGAACCGUCUCCAUAGAGCCAGGUUCGCUUCUCGUGUCCCUUCCAGGUGCCUAAGGUGCACGCCGCCACACAAAGCAGUGCGCCAUGCGUGAUCUGCUCGCCAUUCACAGUGGACACAACAUCAGUCGGACCAGGUAGUCUACUCGGGACGAAUCCAGAUUCAAGCUGCUGCACCCAGACAGGUGAGCCCACGUCUGGAGGCGCCGAGGAGAGCGGUUCCACCAUGACUGCAUCCAGCAGGUGGCGCUCUACGGGGUCUCUUCUGGUAUGGGGAGACUUCUCAGUUGACCAAUGACCCCCCCCCCUCCUCCUGUACCAUAUAUGGGGCAAUCUGAUCACGGCAAGGUACAGGGACGAAAUCCUGUUUCCCCUUGCUGUUCCUUAUUUGGAGCAGGUUGAACCCCAGGCUGUUCUGCAGGACGACAACACCACAUCGCGUACACAUCGUGGGGGACUUCCUGCAGCAGCGAGGUGUUGCCCGCAUGGACUGGCCAGCUUGUAGUACGGAUUUGAACCCAAUAGAGAACAUUUGGGACCACACCAACCACCGGAUAAGGGACAACUACCUUCCUGCACAAAAUCUUCAACAACUCUUGGGCUACCUCGUUCAGGAGCGACAGAACCUCCCGCAACAAGUUCUCCGAAGGCAUGUCCUGUCCAUGCGUCGACGGAGUGCCAAGUGUCUGAUCAAACGGGGUGGCUAUACCCACUAUUGACUAUGUUCAUGAAGAACUAUACAUGUCUGUUGAGACUUUUGAAAUCCGACCAGUGUGACUUAAACGUAAACUCAUUUUUCAUGAGCUUUAGGUUGUUGUUAAAAUCUGAAAUUGUACACACUUAAUCUGGAUAGUCAAAAGCAUCUUUUUCGGAAAAAUGAAUAAAUUCGGUUGAACUGUUUUUCAGUUUUAUCUUUUUAAAAUUUUUGUUCGUUGACUUUUUUGUGCGAGUUUAGAUAGAUAGAUAUAGAGAUAAAGAGAUCGAUCUAAUAGACUGACAGUAGACAGGCAGACAGACAGAAAGAAA